GCCGUAAAACCAGAAGAAGAAUUAGAAGAAGAAGAAGAAGAAGAAGAAGAAGAGGAGGAGGAGGAAGCUGAAGCAUACUGUGCCGCGUGUUACCGCAGCACGUAUCAGGAGCUGCUUGUGAUCUGUGAGGAGCAAAACCUGUCCACACUGAAGUGUAGCAGCAUGGCUGGUGUUGAGCAGGUGGCAGCAGUCGGACAGGUUCUCGUGGACCCCAAACUUGACCUUACCCGACGGUUCCGAGCUUUGUUCACCCUGAAGAACCUAGGAGGUGCUGGUGCUAUAGAAUGGAUCAGUAAGGCCUUCACUGAUGAGUCUGCCCUACUGAAGCAUGAGCUGGCAUACUGCCUGGGACAGAUGCAGGACAGACGGGCUAUACCAGCCUUGACUGCUGUACUCAAAGACACACAGCAGGAGCCGAUGGUCAGACAUGAAGCAGCGGAGGCUCUGGGAGCAAUUGGUGAUGCAGUGGUUCUGGACCUACUGAAAGAAUUCAGCCAUGAUCCUGUCGUAGAGGUUGCAGAGACAUGUCAUCUGGCUGUCUGUCGUUUGAAGUGGCUGCAGAGUGAAGGAGAGAAGGAGCUGGAUGAUGCCAGUACAGAUAAGAACCCAUACUGUUCUAUAGAUCCAGCCCCUCCAGCGGUGAAGAAGAGUGUGUCCGAGCUGCGCAUCAUCCUGCUUGAUGAGAGUCUGCCACUAUUUGAACGCUACCGAGCCAUGUUUGCCCUGCGUAAUGCUGGCAAUGAGGAGGCUGUGCUGGCACUGGCAGAUGGCUUGCAGUGCUCCAGUGCUCUGUUCCGUCAUGAGAUUGGCUAUGUCCUGGGUCAGAUGCAGCACCCAGCAGCGGUCCCUGCCUUGUCUGCAGCUCUGGAGCGUUCCGGUGAGAACCCCAUGGUCCGACAUGAAGCGGCAGAGGCUCUUGGGUCCAUAGGCAAAGAAGAGUGUCUCGCUGUGCUGCAUCGCUACCGUGGAGAUGAAGAACGUGUUGUCAAAGAGAGCUGUGAAGUCGCUCUUGACAUGCUAGAGUAUGAAAACAGUGAACAGUUCCAGUAUGCAGACGGACUGGUCAGGUUACAGGGUUAAACAUCAGCAUCAUAACCAAAGGGGCCUUCACUCACAUCUCUUCUACUCUCUCUUCUGUUUCAUAACCUUAUAUAGCAAACACAGUUGGACAACUCAGUGCUAUGUAAAUAAAAAUAUAGAAUCCUCUAGGAUGAAGCUGCUGGUUCUGGGUGUGGUUGUUGCUGUAAAAGGGGACAGGGAGUGGCAAAGUCUUGUGCAUCUGUGUGUGUGACCUCUCCAAGAUUAGAUACGGCAAAAAAAACAGAGCCAAUGACAAUAGACAGUAAAACAUAGCAUAUUGUGUCUGUGUAUUUAAGUGAGUGUGUAACAGCUCAGGGCAGAUGUGUUUUUUGUUUUAAUUAUUGUCCUCUAAGCCACGUUUCUGUUUUGUAAUCAUUAGGAGCUACAGCACCUCCAGCUGGCUCACAUUGUCAAUCUGGGUUGAAGGUCAAAGGCCUGAUGGGCAAAUGUGGUAAUUUCAGUUGAAGGACUUCACCUCUGCUUUUACCAGUUUUUAAACAAGCCAAAUAUAAAGUGACUUCUUGGUUGUGGGUUUGUGGGUGUACAGUGUGUUGAAUACUACACAGCCCUCAUUGUAGGGAAAAUGCAUUCAAUCUGUAAUUUGUCACAGAGAUUAACAGUGUAUAAUCGUAGGAAGAUUAACAUUAAUGCUAACUCACUUUAUAAUUCAAAUCUGCAUCUUUCAUAAUUUACAAGCGGAUGAGUGCUGUAUGUAAAAUUAAAAUCAUGCCCUGUACAUUUUA